AUGGGUCAUCUCUAUUGGCAGUUGAACGACGUGUGGGCAGCUCCAACUUGGUCCACAAUUGACGCAUCCGGUCAGUGGAAGAUUGCUCAUUACCUUGCGAUCAGAGGUACGGCAUCAAUUACCCAUCCAAUUGGUCGAGCAAUAGUGUCCAGAGUAAGAAAUCGAGUGUUGAUUAAUUGGGCACCUCCAAUCAACCCACUGGAGGAUGACCAAAUACGCCUUAGCGUUGUUUGUUCUCCUGUUCUUUCCUUCACUCUUCACCCGAAAGUGCUCUUUCAAAGCACUGACAAUCUUGGACCUUGGAGACCAAAUGGUUGUCCUCUACAAGUCACUAACUUCACUGUAGAAUGGCUGCUUUCCAAGUGUUCAUCAGGAGUUCUCACGACAAUACUUGAAAAUGCGAUGAUACAGACAAAGGAUACGAUGGUGCUACUGACUCCGAAAGAAAUGGCGCACCUGUGGCCGGUGGCUGCGGGGUCUAUUAAAGUGACAUCGGUAAGGCGUGUGAAUGCAAGUUCGCCCGAGGUCCAGAAUCCGCCUUUUCGGUGGAACCAGGCAUUCAAAGUGCACCUACGAGCGAAGAGCCCCGAGCUUUUCGUUUGGCUAGUGAUUGAUCCCUACCUCAACUUAGAUGGCUGGUUCUCCAGCAACGCCUUCAAUAUGCUGACCUGUGGUAAACGCGUCCUCUUCUACUUUGUGCAAGGAAGGACAGCCGUCUCCGAAAAGCAAUUGCAGAAAGCCAUUAGAGUAUACACACUUGCUUCAAUUGCAUCUGACCGGCGAUCCUAA